UCGUGCUCGGUGUAUUCGGUGCUGCUCGGUAUCGGUAUCCGACAUCGGUGUUUCCGCCAAGCUUCGGUUUGUCACCCCGCCGCAUUUCGAACCCCGCAUCGGAUAAUCCUUGCAUAUAUAUGCAGAGACGUUGCUGAGCUGUCCCACCUUGAAGAUCUCAAAGCUGCACCGAGUCAGUCACCGAUAUCCCUCAAUCACCAUGUCUGCCAAUGGACCCUCUUCAGCCCCUGCUGGGAAUCGAUUUGUACCCGACUCUCCAGCCCUUACGGAACUUCCUACUGCCCAUCCUCCACUGAAGGAAGGCGAAACGCUAGAUGAGUUCAACAAGAUGAUCUCGGGCGAGCCAUACAUUGCUGUCGAUCCGUUCCUCAUGCGAGUGAGAGGCUGGUGCGUGGACAAGUGCGAAACGUACAACGCGAACGGUCUCGACGAAAAGGAUCGGUUGGCCCUCUUCUCCGACUGGGUCAGCUUGACGGUAAAGCAUCCAAAGAACCAUACAGAGGGAGUAUUCGUCAUGAAGCCAUUCACCUGUGAAUAUGUGAGGCUUCAACAUCAAGUUUGGGAAAGAGAUCUAUCUUGGACCGGGAUGUACAUUGAUCGACGUGGCGCCGAUUUACAUUGGCUCCCGCUCGAUGCUCGGGGCCAACGUUCAGAUCUACACACCCACCCAUCCCCUUUCGCCGGAAGCUAGAAACGGUCUACAAGGUCCUGAAGGAGCGAAACCCGUAACUAUCGGUACGGAUGUCUGGAUCGGUGCCGGAGCCAUGCUACUUCCUGGUGUAAAGAUUGGAGACGGUGCAACGGUCGGUGCAGGGAGUGUAGUCACGAAAGACGUGGAGCCGAGAACGGUUGU